AUGGAGGUAUUGGAUCAAGCUCAACAAUCAUUUAAUAAUAAGGACUUUAUUAAUAGUACUGCAAAGUAUGAGGAUAAGAAGUCAAAGGUGAAGUUUGUGGCACAGGAGAAGAAGAAAGAGGAGGAUAUUGUAUUGCCAUUGGAGAAUGGUUGGUGCUUCUGGGAGGACCAUUAUGUAAACCAUGGUGAGAGAGCCACACAAGAGGAAUACAUGGCAUCAUUGAGACAGAUCUCUGCAUUCCAAUCAGUUCAAGACUUUUGGUCAGAGUUCAACAAACUACCCAAUCUCUCAAAAGUACCCAAUAAUUCAUGUUAUCAUCUAAUGAAGAAGGAUGUUAGGCCUGUAUGGGAGGAUCCAGAGAAUCAGAAUGGAGGUGUAUUAAUACUAAAGGUGAAGAAGUUCCUAACAGACGAGAUUUGGAAUGAACUGGUAUUGUCUGUGAUUGGUGAACAGUUCAGUUCUUAUUUGAACGCCGAUGAUGAUAUCUGUGGCGUAUCAAUUCGUAAGAAGCAAGGAAUAGACUACAAUAUUAUCCAUAUAUGGAACAAGACUUCUUCUGGUCAUCUCUGUCUAAACAGAGCACUCAAGAUACUAGUACCAUUGAUAUCCGAUGGUUGCAUUUAUCAAUACUACAGAGAGCACAAACAAGAUAUGAAGAAUGGUAACAACAAUCAUAUCAACACUCUAAGGAAGAGCCAUGAGGAACUUGAGUUGGAGAGACAUAUUGAGCAUUUGAAGGAAGAGAUUCGCAAGGAGGAAAUAGAACUCACAGAGACUAUCAAGAAGGAGGCAGAGUUCUUGUCAAUCACCCUAAAGAAGGAGCAUGAGGACUCACAAGACUUUGAAAAGAUGGACGCCAAGCCAUCCUCACCAUUCACAGAUCCUGCCAUUGAGGAUAUAUACGAAUGA